CCUCGGACUGCGACUGCCCAAGAAAGGGCAACGCUCGCUCCGAUACAGGCAGCGAAAUGCCACAAAGCGCCCGCGAAGAAAGCUGACAUGACGGCCAACUGUUCCCAGCUAGAGUUUUCAGCGCCAUGACAACCACAGCUGCCCAACCUCCACCGGACCAAGCUCCACCGGCUCGUGACCCGACUCCUCGGCCGAAGGCAUCCCGCACCUCGAGUCUCGUAUCCGAGUCCGCCCCAGCAACCAAGUCGCGGCCCAGCCAGCAGCCUCACGCACCAAACGAAGGUGCUGCAAAGUCACAGCAACCAGGACUGCCUCGCCGUGGCGGCCGCCCUGCAUCCGCCGAUCCGCUCUCGGACAAGGCGACAGCAUUCCUGGUCCGCCGCAUCCUCUGUCCCCAGCAAGCCGAUAAGGGCAAGGGCUCGCCAGAUUCAAUCGAGGGCCUGUUGCCGCCCCUAACGAGUCGCAAUGAUGUGGACCUGCAGCUAUACGCCCUCAUCGCCAUCAUCCUGCGGGAGUUCGUCCAGAGCUGGUACGCCAAGAUCACCGCCGACGAGACCUUCGUCGCCGAGAUAGUCCACAUCAUUGCCCAUAUAACGCGCGCUCUCGAGCAGCGAGUGAGAACGAUCGACCUGGAGAGCCUGCUCUUCGACGAACUGCCCGACCUUCUCGACAAGCAUGUCACUGCCUACCGAAUAGCCCACGAUCCUAUGGCGCAAGCGCCUGUCGCGACAGACCCACGCGAGGUCUAUCACUCGCUGUGCCCGCUACCAGCCCUCUCCCCGGUUCCCCGGCCAGAGGACUCCAAAAGCGUCACCGCGCAGGCGGAGAACGAAGCAGCCUACCGCCAGCUGCUAGUCGAUGGCUUCCUGGCCGUUCUACUCCCUACUGAAGACCUUCAGAACGAUUGUCUGACAGCCCUGGUUGGCCAGAUACUAUCGGAGCUAAUCCUCGGCAAUGCAGUAGCCGACAGACUUUCCCAGCCAUGGUUCAUAUGGGAACUCCUCAUCAUCGCGGCCAGGGUGGCCGGGGCCGGGAAGGGAGCCGAGCAACAGGAGCGCUCACGGCGACGGAGCAACACAUCUUCGGACGUCAGAACGCGCUUACGCCAAUCGGUCCAUGCCCUGUUCUAUACCUGUCUGCAGUGGUGCUUUUUCGCCGUCUCAUUCAUCAGGACGGUGUUCACGAUCUUGAUGACUUCCGGCUCGUUGCCCUCGCGGGUCUCUCACGGUGAGAGCGCCAAGGGAGCAGCCCAACGCGGAACCACCCAUGAGGCUGCUGACCCUGCUAGCCCCGCGAAUCUGCACCCGCCCAGCACGCCUGUGCUGGCCUUUCGAUGCUGGUCAGCUCUAUCAAAUCUUGCCGAGCUGGACAUCCGAAUGCCGUGGCUACGCGGCGCAAUCUCAUUGUUGCAGUGGAUCGCCGUCAUGAGGCCAGGGCGAGUCGCCGGCUUCGACAGCGCACUUGACAGGUAAGAGAGAGUUCUGAUUCUUUCCAUUCUAAACACAUUCCUCUGGCGACGUGGCUUUGUCACGCCGCAUGCGCUUCCGGUCACUGGAUCUGAUUACAUCAGUCCACACUGCGAAUCAAAAUCAGUUUCCGGCAGUCGGAGAAGUUGCAAGU